GGGGGCGGGGGGCCGUAGGGGGUGCAGAGUGGCCCGCGUCGCCGCGGAGAUGGCGCGGCACGUGCGGUGACGGUGCCCGCGCCCCGAGGGUCCCAGCCUCGCGCCCCGCGCGUCCCCGGGCCGGCAUGGAGCUCCCGGAGCCCGAGCUGAUCCGGCAGAGCUGGCGGGCGGUGAGCCGCAGCCCGCUGGAGCACGGCACCGUGCUGUUCGCCAGGCUGUUUGACCUGGAGCCCGACCUGCUGCCGCUCUUCCAGUACAACUGUCGCCAGUUCUCCAGCCCCAAGGACUGCCUGUCGUCCCCCGAGUUCCUGGACCACAUCAGGAAGGUGAUGCUCGUGAUUGACACUGCAGUGACCAAUGUAGAGGACCUGUCCUCGCUGGAGGAGUACCUUGCUGGCCUGGGCAAGAAGCACCGUGCAGUGGGUGUGAAGCUCAGCUCCUUCUCGGUGGGUAAAGGGGCGCUUCCUGACCCUAGGCCACCACUCUCCUGGUCCUCCCUGUCCAUCUGUUCUUUCUCCCCAUUCCCAUACCCUCAGAUGACUGGGGCUGGGGGUCUGCAGCCUUUACUGCCGUGCUGUGUGAGCCCUGGCAGUGCCUUGACCUCUCUGAGCCUCCAAUUUUUCUUCCCUGGUGUGGCUUCUCUUAGAACCAUGGAAAGUUAAAGAGCCUCUGGGAUUGGCCAGUCUGCUCAGUUUCCUAUCGCUGUGUGUAAAACCAUCCCAAGCAAACGGUUUCUCAUUUCUCUGGGUUCAGUGUGGGCAGUGGUUUCGUUGCCUGUGGUGGGGCGGGAGGCACUCAGCCGGGAGCUCACCUGGGGCUGCUGCAUCCAAGGCGGCCCGUCAUCCUUCAGGGUCUCUUUCCCUGUGGUGUCUCAUUAUGCGGGGGCCUUGCUGAGCUCCUCUGCAGAGUGGCAGCUGAGUCCCCAGAGGGCAGAGCCCCGGCCCCUGCUUGCAUCCCUCCUGGUGACGGCUCAGGGAGGAGGGACCCCACUCAGGGGGCGUGAAUCCUCGAGGUGUGGCUCACUGGGGGCCGCUGACGUGACAAGUCUACCCGAGUCCACUCACCUUGCCAGAUGGUAAGCGCCCCGAGGAAGGGACCAAGUUAGUCUUGUCCUCUCUAUCUCGAGCACCCGUACGGUGCCUAGUCUUUAGUGGAUGUCCGGUAAUUAUUUGUGGAAUAAGUAAACCAUAUUUUGUUCUGACAAUAACAAAUGAGAGCCAUUAUUAUUCUUGAAGGCUUACUGUGUACAGAUGCUGUGCUAAGAGCUUUCUGGGUUGAUCUCAUUUGCUUGUCCCAGCAAUCUGACGAGUUGGAACUUUUACCUUCCCCGUUUUACUGAUGAAGCCACUGAGGCUCAGAGAGGUCACAAAACCUGCUCAAGGCCCCACAGCUCAUAAAUGGCGGAAUCAGCAAGUGAACUCAGGUGUGUCUAGUUGCAGAGUGUGGGCUCUUAACACUGUGAGUGUUGCCUUGGAGAGGAGGAAACGGAGGCCUGGGGGCAAUGACUUUGCUUGCUCUGAGCUGGGGUUCCCAGGCAAGGCCUUGGCCCCAGUCAUGGGGUGACUGCAAGGCUGGGAGUAGAGUGAAAUGCUUCGUUCACUAUGAAGCCUCACAUUGAAGGGGAAAGUUGGGUCCCAUGUGGUACCCAAGGAUUGGGGCAGAAUCCUGCUCGGGAAGCAUGGACCCUGUGCAGGAGAGAAGAAAGGUCCGGGCCUCAGUUUCCUCACCUGUGGAAUGGAGCGAUGCCUUCCCGCCUUCGGGAAUGACAAGGUGCCACUUGCCUCUACAGACGGUGGGUGAGUCCCUGCUCUACAUGCUGGAGAAGUGCCUGGGCCCCGCGUUCACACCAGCCGUGCGGGCCGCCUGGAGCCAGCUCUACGCAGCCGUGGUACAGGCCAUGAGUCGAGGCU